CACAAAACAAAUGUAGAUUAUAAAUACAAUGCCUCUAGAAGCUUAUCUACUGUCGUGUCGGUCUCUUGAUACAAUGAAGUGGGCUGUGGUAGCUCUCUUUAUCGCAGCUAGUUCUGCGAGCGUCCUGAAAGUAAGCCCUGAGCGGGGUUACCAGGAUGGCGCCAGGUUCUUCCACUUCCCAGGAGACGGCGAUGGUAUCGUCCACCUGGUGGAUCUUGAGGAGCCUGUAGAUGUUGACUACGUUGAGCAGUACACCAGAAACCCGGACAACAAUGCUUACUGGUUAUUUACCAGAGCUAACCCCACUGUUGCACAGAUAUUGUUGCCGAACAAUGCGAACAGCGUUAUUAAUUCAAAUUUCAAUUUUGGGAGAGUGACCGUCUUCCUCGCCCACGGAUGGAACGGCAAUGGCAGGAACUCAAUGAGCUUAGCGUUGACUCAAGCUUUCCUGGAAAACGGUGAUGUCAAUGUCAUAGUCCUGGAUUGGAACCGACUGGCGAACCGUAACUACGCGACGGCUAAAAACGGAGUACCAGCUGUUGGCAGAGGGUUGGGGCAGUUCAUCAACUGGCUGGUGGGCCUCGGAGCGUCAUACGACAGGAUGCACCUCGUGGGUUUCAGCCUGGGUGGACAUCUGGUCGGUAAUGCUGGCAGGGAAACUGGUGGACGUGUAAGGAGGAUAACAGCUUUAGACCCGGCCGGUCCUCUAUGGACCCGCGACAAUGGACGCAUAGUUGAGACAGAUGGUCGUUAUGUAGAAGUUAUGCACACUAACACUGGCUUGUACGGAUACACUGAUCCUUGUGGAGACGCAGACUUUUACCCCAACGGAGGAUCCAGUAUGCCAGGGUGUUGGAUAAACAGCUGCUCACACAGCAGAGCCCACGAAUACAUGGCAGCCACAGUACGAUACAACCAUCUCCUGGGACGUGAAUGCGCUACCUUAAGAGAUGCGCAAAGGGAUAGAUGUACUGGAGACUGGAAUCCUAUGGGCAAUAGUGAUUUGAAUAAAUCUUGGCCCGGAAUAUUCAGAGGCAACACAGGCAGAAGUUAUCCGUUCUAAGGUGGACUAAUUCUAGUCUUAAGUCAACUGUAUCUUUCCUCGAGAUCAAUCUGCUUUACCUGUAACAAUAAAAUAAUGACUGAAUGUGACUGAUUAAAUUGAUUAUGAUAUAAAUA